UUCCAUUGCGGCGGCGUUGCCUCAGGGAUUUGACGAGAGUGGGGUGAUAGUGGUGUUGCCGCCGUCUUCGUCUUUGUCGUAAGAGGAGGAGGAGGAGGAGGAGGAGGAGUAGGAGGAAGAGGAUGGUGAAGGUGCCGUUGGCGACAUGGCGAGCCGUUCUCUUGGUGACAAUACUGGCGUCCCUGAGCCUCCAAAUCCAUGCCAACGACGCCAUGCUGCUGAAGUCGGGCUGGAAGGGGAUGGGGGGGGCGGCCGGGGCAGAGCGGCGCUCUGAGGGCCCCGGGGGGACCGCCACGCCCCUCCCGCAGAACACUCUCUGGUGCCACUGCUACCACCAGUGUCCCGACAACGCCGUCAACAACACCUGCCCUACGGAUGGCUACUGCUUCACCAUGGUGGAGGAGGAGGGGGGCGUGGAGGUGCACACGGCUGGGUGCAUCGGCCUGGCUGGCUCCGAGUUCCAAUGCAGGGACAACGUGAACGCCCGUCUGAGGCGAGUGCUGGAGUGUUGCACAGACCGGGAUUACUGCAACAAAGACCUGCACCCCGCUCUGACCCCGCUAACAGAGCCAGAUUUCGUGGACAGUAGUAUCCACCUCAUGGCUCUCUUCAUCUCCAUCACGGUCUGCACUAUUAUCCUGGGCCUCAUCAUCGCCUUCUGGUAUUUCAGAUAUAAGCGGCAGGAGUCACGCCCGCGCUACAGUAUCGACCUGGAACAGGAUGAGACCUACAUACCCCCUGGAGAGUCCCUGAAGGAUCUCAUCGAGCACUCCCGCAGCGUGGGCUCCGGGUCGGGCUCAGGGCUCCCCCUGCUGGUGCAGCGCACCAUCGCCAAGCAGAUCCAGAUGAUGAAGCAGGUGGGGAAGGGGCGCUACGGGGAGGUGUGGAUGGGCCGGUGGCGGGGCGAGAGGGUGGCCGUCAAGGUGUUCUUCACCACCGAGGAGGAGAGCUGGUUCAGGGAGACGGAGAUCUACCAGACCUUCCUCAUGAGGCACGACAACAUACUGGGAUUCAUAGCGGCGGACAUCAAGGGCACUGGCUCGUGGACGCAGCUCUACCUGAUCACUGACUACCACGAGAACGGCUCGCUGUACGACUACCUCCGCUCCAACACGCUGGACGUGCGCGCGCUGCUCAAGCUGGCCUACUCCGCCAUCUCGGGCCUCUGCCACCUGCACACGGAGAUCUACGGCACGCAGGGCAAGCCCGCCAUCGCCCACCGCGACCUGAAGAGCAAGAACAUCCUGGUGAAGAGGAACGGCUCCUGCUGCAUCGCCGACCUGGGCCUGGCGGUCAAGUUCAACAGCGAUACCAACGAGGUGGACAUCCCCCCCAACCUGCGGGUGGGCACCAAGCGCUACAUGCCCCCCGAGGUGCUGGACGAGAGCCUGAACCGAAACUACUUUCAGUCCUUCAUGAUGGCCGACAUGUACAGCCUGGGCCUCAUCCUGUGGGAGAUGACCCGCCGCUGCACGUCUGGAGGCAUCGUGGAGGACUACCAGCUGCCCUACUUCGACCUGGUGCCAGGGGACCCGUCCUACGAGGACAUGAGGGAGGUGGUCUGCAUCAAGAAACAGAGACCCUCCUUCGCCAACCGCUGGAGCAGCGACGAGUGUUUACGGCAGGUGGGCAAGCUGAUGUCCGAGUGUUGGGCUCACAACCCGGCCUCCCGCCUGACCGCCCUGCGGGUGAAGAAGACCCUGGGGGCGAUGGGUGCCCUCUAG